AUGGCCAAUCUUGGAGUCUUUCCGGGCCUCGGCCUAACCCGAGCCGACUUUGACAACAACUCAGUCUUAAAUGUAGUAAACCCCGAUCCUCUCACGGGUUACGCUUAUAGCCCUAUCCCUAAUAACAACCCUGGUUGGAAGCCCGCUGUAUAUCAUACAGCCAUAGCAGGUAGUGCUCGCAACUACGACAUCAAGACUGCCGAUAUUAUCGCUACUCCACCCCUAAACCUCACCGUGGUUUUGAACAAGGAGAACAUUGGCGUAUGCGAUAUUGUUAUGAACCCCCUAGCAUAG